AUGAAUUCGGGGACAUAUGCAAAUUCUCAAAUUGAAAAACCGGUCUCUAAAUCUGUUUAUAGUGGAGAGAAAGACUCAUCAUUCAAUAGUUCAUCAGUGAGGCAUUCAAUAUUAGAAGAAGAUAUUGAAAAUAAAUGCAUAGCCGUAAAUGAAAAUAAGGUGAUUGAGAACCAGAAGGUAAUUCAAUCGUUAUGUAAAAAUUCUCAACUAGACCUUAUCGAACAACCUUACUUUGGAGAAUGCGACUUCAUUAUAAACCAUUCAACAUGUUUAUACAAAAUCCAAGCGAACCGAUUUCUGCAACUCAGAAAUAACGGCCCGUUGUAUUACGAUAAGGCAGUAAACGAUCUGUUAACUGAAUUCCAGAGAGUUAUCAUUAUUGUAGAAUUUUCUGAAAUAAUACAAGAUGUUGAUCCUGAUCUGUUCUGGAAAAUCAGACUAUAUUUGUUGCAUUCACGUGUUGAUGUUUUUUUCGUUCAUGAGAAUAUUGAUCUUUUUAUUGAUUGGAUAAAAUAUUUCAUAGCAAAGUGGGCACUUCCAUAUAGCAAUGAGAAGGAAGAAAAUAUCGCAAAUGCCGGUGUUCUUCUGGAUUUAGGAUUUAACAUCCUCCUAGUACGAAAAAUUUUCCAAACAUAUAGUCUCCAAGAAUUUUUCAUGGCGAUAAUACGGGAAGAAAGCCAGGCUGUUGAGCUACUAACGGUUUCACAAAUGACUCGCGUGAAGAGGUUAUUAACUUUAGAAUGGUGA